AUGACCACCAUACACAACCCAAACAACUGGCACUGGGUCGACAAGAACUGUCUCGGCUGGGCCAACGCGUACUUCCAGGAACAGCUGCCAAAAGUGCGCGUUGCGAGCGACAACCACACGCUCUCGGUCAGCAGCGUCAAGCCUGUGGCCGGAGACUGCGACGUGACCCAGCGCAAGGGCAAAGUGCGCUGCAUCUUCGACUUGCAAGUGGAGUUUGUCGUCCAGGUCGACCGCGACGGCUCUGUUUCCGAACACACGGUGCGUCUCGUGGAGUUCGAGCACGACCAGCACGACUUCGAGUUCGAGGUCACCGGCGACGCUGAAAAAAGAGCCCUCGUCCGCACACACCUGGUGCCCGAGGCCCGCGCGGUGUUCGAGCGCUUCCAGAACGACCUGCUCGCGAAGUUUGAGAGCGAGCUCAAACACAACACCAGCUGA